UGUUUCUCCGUUCAAAUAAAGCAGACAGCUGAUGACGCACUUUUGAAAGACUACAACGCACGCGCGUAAAAGCAAAGUAAAAAAAAAUCGCUCUUGGGUCAAACUGAUAAAUCAUUUUCUUUCCCAUCGACGACAUGUCCUGCGUAAUUUUUAUUUUUGAAAGUAAAAAUUAUACUUAUAGUUUUAGGGUGGCUGAGAUCACAGACAGGUGAUUAUUUCGAACGAACGAACCAUCGAACGAACCAUCGAACGAACCAUCGAACGAACCAUCGAACGAACGACCGAACUCUCUCUCUCCCUCUCUCACUCACACACACACACACACACACACACACACACCCACUCACUCACUCACUCUCUCUCGGUGCAGGAAAAUGGCAGAGGCCAGUAUUUCAGUAGAUCAUUUUUCUGUGGAUCACUUCAGCUGUCCAGUGUGUCUUUAUCUCCUGAAUGAUCCAGUGACUACUUCCUGUGGUCACAGUUUCUGUAAGGUGUGUAUUAAUGCUCACUGGGAUCAGGAGGAUGUGAAGAGCGUCUACAGCUGUCCUCAGUGUAGAGAGACCUUCACUCCAAGGCCUGUUCUACGCAGGAACUACAUGCUGGCUGAAGUGGUGGAGAAACUGAAGAAGACUGAAAUCCAAGCUGCUUCUCCUGCUCACUUUUACGCUGGACCUGGAGAUGUGGAGUGUGAUUCCUGCACAGGGAGAAAACACAAAGGCGUCAAGUCCUGUCUGGUUUGUCAGGCCUCCUAUUGUGAAGAACAUCUUAAACCUCACUAUCAGUCUCCUGCCUUUAAGAAGCACAAGUUAGUUGAAGCCUGUGCAGAGCUCCAAGAGAAGAUCUGCUCUGAACAUGACAAACCGAUGGAGAUCUACUGUCGUACUGACCAAAGCUUCAUCUGUUACUUGUGUAUGAGGGAAGAACACAAAGGUCAUGAUACAGUUUCAGCUAAAGCAGAAAGAACUAAAAAACAGGUGAGAACUGGAUAUUAUUAUUCUUUUUAAGUUAAUUUCUACAAAUUGUAUUUCUAAUCUAAUUUCUAUUGAGGUGAUCUGAUUGGUUAUUUGACUGUCAUUCAGUGUAAGGUGGAUUUUUAUUAAAAGUCAAAAUGUGUUUUGUAAAGUCGUGUGAAACAGCUCAGACCAGUCAGUGUACU